AUGAUAAGAUCAAUUUUUAAAAAAAAUUCAUCAUUACCAUAUUUCCUUAAAAGGAGUUUUAUUACAAAACCACAUAGUAUAAUAACACCAAUUAUUAACAAUAAUAAUCAUAAUAAUAAUAAUAUCAACACACCAAUAAAAAAUAUACAAAGUUUCAAUUUUAAAUUUUUUACAACAACUACAACAUCAAACCCAAUACAUCAACAAACAACUACAACAACUACAACAACACCAUCAACUGAACAACAACAACUAUCAAAAGAAGCAGAAGAAAUUAAUGAAAAUAUCACAAAAUAUAAUAUAACUUUAACAGAUAGUUGCGUUAAGGAAUUAAAUAGUGUACAAAAGAAAUCAGACUCAACUGAUAUUUUCCUUAGAGUAAUGGUAGAUAUGGGUGGUUGUAGUGGUUAUCAAUAUAUAAUAAAGGUUGAAAAUAAAUUACAAGAUGAUGAUGUAUUAUUUAUUAGGAAUGGGGCUAAAGUAAUUAUAGAUAAAAUUUCAUUAGAAAUGAUGGAAGGUUCAAUCAUUGAUUAUGAAACAGCAUUAAUGAGAAGUUCUUUUGUUGUUGCCUCAAACCCAAAUACAAUAAAAUCAUGUGGUUGUAAAAUUUCAUUUGAAUUAAAGAAAUAA